AUGGCUCACUCCACCACCUUGGCCCUGCACCUGCUGGUCGUCGUCGUGAUGGCGCUCAUCUUUGUUGCCUCGGCCAGUGUCUCCGCUCCCGUCAACAAGUCGUGCGUCACCGGUAGCGCCGGCGCCAGUGUGAGCAUUGGCUACGGCGGGGCAAGGGCCAGCGCCGGCGCUGGCGUGUCCCUUGGUGCCGACGCGUACAGGACCACCUGCCCCCGCGCCGAGGAGGUCGUCCGUGCGGCCGUUGAGUGGGCCGUCGCUGCCGACCCACGCAUGGCUGCGUCUCUCCUGCGCCUCCAUUUCCACGACUGCUUCGUCAACGGUUGUGAUGGCUCCGUUCUUCUGGACGACAAGCCGUUUCUCGUUGGCGAGAAGACGGCUGUGCCCAACGCCAACUCGCUCAGGGGCUUCGAGGUCAUUGACGCCAUCAAGGCCGAGCUGGAGCGGGAGUGCCCAGAGACAGUCUCCUGUGCCGACCUCCUUGCCAUCGCUGCCCGUGAUUCCGUCGUCGUGUCGGGCGGGCCGAGCUGGGAGGUAGAGGUCGGCCGGAAGGACAGCCGCACCGCCAGCCUGCAGGGUGCCAACACCAACCUACCAGCACCGACGUCUGGCGUCGCCACCCUCGUGCAGAAGUUCAGGAACGUCGGUCUUUCUGCCAAGGACAUGGUCGCACUCUCCGGCGCGCACACGAUCGGGAAAGCGCGGUGCACUUCGUUCAGUGCGCGCCUUGCGGGCGUCGGCGGCGUCUCGGAAGGCGGCGUCGGCGCAUUCAAGGACCUAACCUUCCUGCAGUCGCUGCAGCAGCUGUGCACGGGGUCGGCUGGAUCGGCGCUGGCGCACCUGGACCUCACCACCCCAGCGACCUUCGACAACCAGUACUACAUCAACCUGCUCUCCGGCGACGGCCUGCUGCCGUCAGACCAGGCACUAGCGUCGUCGUCGGGUGUCGCGCCGGGGGUUGAGGCGGACGUCGCCAGCCUCGUCGCCAUCUAUGCCUUCGACGCCUCUGUAUUCUUCCAGGACUUCGCAGAGUCCAUGCUGCGGAUGGGGAGGCUUGCACCAGGCGCGGGCACCAGUGGCGAGGUCCGCCGGAACUGCCGGGUGGUGAACAUCUCCGGCUAGCUAGAUCCAGUCACCAAUGCAAGUUUCCUAAUAAAAGCCAUGCAUGCUCACGUUCAACUCUCUAGUCCAUGCGGCUUGGAUUAUUGCUCCUAUGUUAUAUCAGCUAAUUCAGUCCAAUAAGUUUGUUUUGUUUCAAUUAAUUUUAGUUUCUGCUUUGAGUUUAUUUGGCAUGAGAAUUAUGGUGGGGAUCGUUUAAAUAGUUACUAGUCGGUCUGUGUGAUGUACUUUCACCGUCUAUGUGAUGUACUCUCUCGUUUCAAAAUAAUUAAUAAUGUUCCGAGGUUUACAAUCUGUCAA